CCGAAAUAUCCGAUUGCUUUCAGACCCUCUGCGAUAUAUAAAACACCCGUCGGGGAGGCUUAUCUGAUCUCAUCUGUCUCUUACUACCAACCCCGGUAACAUCAAUCUUUUCCAUCUUUAUAUGACCAUGAGGAGUUUAUUCCUAUCCUUCGCGUGGAUUGCGAUGGACGUUGCUUGCGCCAGUGCUGUCCGUUGCAAUAACCUGACGACGGUCGACCUAGGAUACGCAGUGCAUCAAGGAGUCUGUAAUACCGCAUUCGAGUACUACAGUUUCAAUAACAUUCGUUAUGCUGAAGCGCCUGUAGGAGAGCUACGAUGGAGCAAGCCUAUUCCACCCAAAACCACGAACCGGACGCUGAACGAUGGUACCGAUCAGCGUGUCUGCCCACAGUCAUACCCUCGCUGGAUACUAGAAUCUCGAGCUGCUGCUGCUGGAAUAACUGUUGAAAAAAUGGCGGAACGAGUCAUGAGCAAUCCUCGCAUGAAUGAGGACUGCCUACUUCUUGAUGUUCAUGUCCCUGCAAAAGUCUUUAACAAGAGAUAUGCAGUAACUUCUGGGUCUGCCGUCUUGGUCUGGAUUCAUGGAGGUGGCUAUGACAUUGAUUCUAAGCAAUACGACCCAUCAGGAUUGAUAUCCCGUUCCCAGCUCAACGACCAGGAAGGAAUCAUCUUCGUUGCCCUGAACUACCGACUUGGCAUGUUCGGAUUCCUCGACGGCAAUAGAGAUGAUAUCCUGAGCAACGCCGGGCUGUGGGAUCAAAGAAUGGCCCUUGAAUGGGUCCAGAAGCAUGUUCAUCUCUUCGGCGGAGACCCAGAUCGUGUCACCGUCAUCGGAGAGUCCGCAGGUGGCGGCAGCGUCAUGCAUCAAGUUACUGCUUUCGGCGGCAGGGGGGAGGUUCCGUUUGCCGCUGCGAUUGCCCAGAGUCCUGCAUUUUGGACGAUAACGAACGACCUUAAACUUUGGGAGACGACUUUAGCCGUUGCAUCUCAGCUCUCCAGUGUGGAAAUUACAACGGCUGAGCAACUACGCCUGUUGAACUCAUCGACGCUAAUGCAGGUAAACCAGGCUAUGACGUAUAACGCGCCUUAUGGCUUAUUCGUCUACGGCCCAACGGUAGAUGGGACAUUUGUUCCAGACAUCCCUAGUGUUCUGCUUUUAAAUGGCCAGUUUUAUGACUCUAUUAAGGGAGGUUUAAACAAUAUGGAUACGGUCAUCAUGGUCGGUCAUAACCGCGACGAAGCUUCGACAUUUACAGCUUCAUUAGACACCAAUGAGCAGCUUAUUUCCAUGUUUCAACUCAGCUAUCCAGUGUCUGACACCGCGGAACGGUACAUAUUCACCGACCUCUAUCCCAACAUCUUAAAUGGCACCUAUGGAUACACAAGCCAACUCGGCCGCGCCAAGCUUCUCAUCUCUGAGCUUGUUUUCACCUGCAACACACGCUUUCUUGGUACUGCUUUCCGCAAUCAAACGUACAACUAUCGCUUUGAGUGCCCUCCAGGACUCCACGGUCAGGAUCUUGACUGGACAUUCUUCGUUGAGGAGGACCCGGAUGUAGCUCCGGAAAUUGCCAUCGCUAUGCAGAGCUACUUCACGACCUUCACCAUGACCGGAGAUCCCAAUGGCAAUGCGGGCUUGCCAACGUGGCCUCUAUACGGAGAGGAAGCAACUUUGGUCAUAUUCGGGGCAGGAGGAGUUGCAACAGCGAAGGACGAAACAGCCAACAGGAGGUGCGAAUACUGGCAGAAGGGGGAGUACCGGAAAUCUGGAUGA